AUGGCAGCUCCGCUCCCUCGCACUGGCGCCCAUGGCCUGGGAUUGGCCGGGGUCCUCUUGCUGUGCAUCAGCGCCAUGUAUUGUGGAGCCAGCGCAGCUGCAAGCCUGCCACUGCUGCUCCCGCCCGAAGCCGGAACAACGCAACUGGACCAGCUGGUCCUCAAUGAGACAACUCUUGCCGCGCUGGAGGCGGGCUUGUGGGUCUCAGAGGAACCCGUGUCAAUCAACGGUGCUCACGUGCUUAUCCUUGACACUGAGGGCCUGGAUGCUGCCGACCGUUCGUGGUAUGAUCACAUGCAGAUCUUUGGCUUGGCAGCCAGCGUGGCGGACGGACUUGUCUACAAUGCUUAUCGAUACAUGGAUGGUGCUGCCCUUGAACGCCUUCAUGAUCUUGUCUUGAAUAGUGCAGGCUUGGUGCUGCAGGCCAAACUGGCAGCCCAGGAGGGGCACGUUUCACGAGUCUUGGAAGGACAGACGCAGCCCAGCCUUUUCCUGUCCAUUCAAGGUGUGGGGCGCCAACUAGCUCAGAUGCACUUUAAUCUCAGUUGGGAUGCCCGACAGGCUCGGAGCACGAUGCACACGCGCCAACCUUCCGAGAGCAGCUGGCAAAGCUACGUCAAGCGCUCUAUUUUAAACCUGAGCGUGCACUCCAAGGCCCAGAACUCGCAGCCCAGGAGGGACAGGCAGUCGUGUCAGCCACCAAAGAAGCCGCCACCGCCAUGCGGUUGCAUCGGCAAGCUCAAGCCAUCCGGUCCUCUUUACAGUGUACCCACUCGACCGCAGGCCUCGGCUCGCUCUCGUUUGGAUGCAGCUGUGGCCGAGUUUGUCGCCAUGGCCGCCCGUGCCAAUGCGUCCAGCACCAAAGAGCUGAAGAAAGAUUUGCAAGCGCACCUUGAGCAAGUGCUUCGCAACUCGCUGAGACCGACUGCGGAGCAAUGUGUUGCUCACAAUGAUACAACGGCAAAGUACCUGCUGAACAAUGCCACUUCGGUCUGCCAGGGCGCUAUCAGCCAGCGUGCGCUUGAGCUGACCACCGGGCUAGCGACUGCCAUGCGCCAAAGCUUAGCUGAGGCCUUUUCAGCGUUUCGCGACUGCCUCUCUGCGCAGACCUCUGGCCCACGCGACUUGUCGUCUGUUGGGUUUGCUCGACGCAAUGCCACAUGUUUUGCGCCCUUCACAUCUUUGGCGGCCAAGGCAGAGCACAUGUGCGCUGACGGGGAUUUGCCCGAGGAAGAUUUUAUUUUAUUUCAAACGUACGUCCAGGAACAUGCCCAGUCUGUGGUAGGCGAGCAGCAACACCUUUUACAAGAGCUGCUGACCAAGGCCAGCCAUGAGAUUCUUGAUACCCACACGCUUGCUGUCAUCACGGAGCCCAUGACUCCCCGCAAGGCGUCGGCAGUUGAGCAGCAAUACCGAGAGGCGAUUGAACAAGCCUUGGGUGCAUCUCUUCUGGCCGAUUACCACGAUGAGGCGAUUGCACUUGAGGUGCGUGCUUCUGUGCGAGACAUUGUGGAAAACCGCGUCGAAGCGAUGCGUGAACUUAAUGCGGCCUUGAUUGAGUCGAAGAUCAAUCAGCCGCUGACCGUGGUUGUUCAGAGCUUGAGCGAGACAACGGAGCCGCUCCAGGAAAUGACCCACGUCUUUCGGCAGCUUUGGCUUCGACCCGAGCUUGUGCGUCGGUUGGGCCAGCAUCUGGAGACGGUGACUGAAGAUGCUCAAGAACGGGAGGCUUUUGUCAUGGAGUUUCUGCGCACCAACCCGACCGUGCAAGCGGCCCAGUCUCAGGCGGCUCAGGUAUGUUGUGCUUGA